AUGUAUUUCUCAUGGACAGACAGUGUUAACGUGAGACUUGUAAAUGGGAACAGCCGCUGUUCUGGUAGAGUGGAGGUUCUUCAUAGAGGUCAGUGGGGAACAGUGUGUGGUAGGGGAUGGGAUAAGACAGAUGCUGAAGUGGUGUGUAGAGAGAUCAGCUGUGGAAAGGCUUUAGCAGCACCACAGUAUGGUUACUUUGGAGAAGGAUCAGGACCAAUCUGGAUGGAUAAUGUGCGCUGUAGUGGAUCAGAGUCUACACUGAAGGACUGUGGAUCAAGUGGAUGGGGUGUUCAUAACUGUGAUCAUCGUUAUGAUGCUGGAGUUAUCUGCUCAGAAACCAUAAACUACGGAAGGUUUACAAGACUUGCUGAUGGACCUCAUCUGUGUUCUGGGAGAUUAGAGAUACUUGAUGGAAACACGUGGGUUUCAGUGUGUGAUGCUGCCUUUGACCAGCAGGAUGCAGAGGUUGUGUGUAGAGAGCUGGACUGUGGGGCUCCUGUACAGGUGUUGGGAGCUGCUGCUUUUGGCAAAGGAGAGGGUCAGAUGUGGACAAAAGAGAUUCAGUGUAGAGGAAAUGAAACACUCAUUCGAUUCUGUCCAUCAUCAUCUUCAAGAACCUGCUCCCAUGACAACAACGUGGGACUGAAAUGUUCUGGUUACUCUGAGCUUAGAUUGGACAACGGGCCAGAUAACUGUUCUGGUCGAGUGGAGCGUCAGUAUUUCAAUGAGUGGGGAACAGUAUGUGAUGGAUGUAUGGAUAUGAGAGCUGCCAGUGUCCUCUGUGGACAGCUGAAUUGUGGGAUUGCUGUGUCUGUUGUGGGAGCGGACUGGUUUGGAGAGGGAAGUGGUGAAAUCUGGGCUGAUGUGUUUGAUUGUCAGGGGAAUGAAACACAACUCUCACAAUGUCCCAUCACUUCAUGGAGUCGAGCUGAACGUUCUCAUAGACGAAAUGUUGGAGUCAUCUGCUCAAAUUCGUCUCUGGCUCUUCAUGAUGGGCGAGUGCGGUUGUCUGGAGAGAGAGAGUGUGAGGGGGAGGUGGAAGUUUACAUCCAUCAGGUCUGGAGAAGAGUUCUGCUGGACUCCUGGAGUCUCACUGAAUCCUCUGUGGUCUGCAGACAGCUGGGCUGUGACUCUGUGCUGAAAUUCUACAGCUCCUCUUCAUCCAGUCCUGAACACAGUCAUGAGUGUGUGAUGGGCUUCCAGUGCUCUGGGAGUGAAGCUCAUCUGGGGAACUGCAGCUCUCCACAAACUCUCAACUGCAGCUCCACACAACAGCUGUCAAUCACCUGCCUUAGUCGUGGGUCCAUCAGGCUGGUGGGUUCUGGAGAAGACUGUGCAGGGAGGCUGGAGGUUUUUCACAACGGCUCAUGGGGGACAGUGUGUGAUGACUCCUGGGAUAUUAAAGAUGCCCAUGUGGUGUGCAGACAGCUGCAGUGUGGAGUGGCCCUCAGUAACCAGCAGGUACCAGCCUGGUUUGGUCCUGGUUCUGGACCCAUAUGGCUGGAUGAGUUGAACUGUGAGGGGAAUGAGAUGUCCCUGUGGAACUGCUCUUCUCAGGUUUGGGGAAAACAUGACUGUCAACACAAAGAGGAUGUAGGAGUCGUGUGCUCAGAGUUCAAAGAGAUCAGACUAACUGAUGGUUGUGAAGGGACUGUGGAGGUUUUCUACAAUGGAUCAUGGGGUAAUGUAUGCUGGAACCAGAUGGACAGAGACACAGCGAGUCUGAUCUGUCAAGAGCUGAACUGUGGAAGAUCUGCCAGUGACCCCGGUAACUCACAAGGACUAAAGUCAAAUUGGCUGGAUCAAUUUAAAUGUCGUCCACAUGACUCAACUCUGUGGCAGUGUCCAUCUUCAACCUGGGGAGAGAAUGACUGCAGUGAAGAUGAAGUGGCCAAAAUUUCCUGCUCUGAGGAGAGUCGUGAUUCUCCACACAGUCUUCUGACAUGUUCUACCUCACAAUCGCCUCACCAGAGACAGUGUUCACAUCAUGUUCCUCUGAGAAUGAGUGGAAAGAAAGGCCGGUGUUCAGGGAGACUGGAGGUGUAUCAUAACGCUGUGUGGGGUUCAGUCUGUGAUGAUCAGUGGGACAUCAGGGAUGCUCAGGUGGUCUGCAGGCAGCUGGGUUGUGGAGCAGCACUGAGUGCUGAUGGGAAUGCAGCCUUUGGUGCUGGUGAAGGUGUUGUGUGGCUGAACAGAGUCGAGUGCAGAGGGAAUGAGAUUCACCUGUGGGACUGUCCUCUCUCCCUGAAUAACCACACAGACUGCUCACACAAAGAGGAUGCUGGACUCACCUGUGCAGAUUUGUCUGUGUCCACUACUCCUGCCCCAACAACAUCAGCUUUUCCUCGAGUUUCAGAAACAAAAAGGAGACCAGCACGAUCAACAUCAAUCACUCGUCCACAAAAUCCUCCUCCUCUCUCCAUCCCUCCAGUGGUUGUGAUUGUAUUUGGAGCUGUGCUCUUACUGCUCUUACUGCCACUCAUUAUACUGAUUCAGCAGAACAGAGUGAUGAGGAGAGCUCUCUUUAAGUGGAGACACAAGACUCUGACUGAAGCCGUUUAUGAGGAGAUUGAUCACAGACACACAAACAGACACAAUCACUUCACUCAGAGGGGAAGUCUCAUCUCUGAAGAACAGCAUUCUGGGUAUGAAGAUGCUGAACUUCUCUCAGAAAAAGAGUUCAAGACUGAAUAUUAUGAUGACGUCACCAACGGCAGUGGCAUAAAAGAAGAGAUGGUAAAAGUAGUCACUCCGGGAUACUAUGAUGAUGUCAUCACUGAUGGACUGAAACCAGAUUGUGAGACCGUUGCAGAAGACUCACCUGAGAGGUACGAUGAUGUCAUCACCACAGGACACAAUUUUGAUAUUAAAAAAGGUAUUUUAUUAUUUUAUUGCAUUUAUUAAAUAAUAUUAAUCUAAAAUCAAGCCCAG